UUCAGCAUACUUGAAAUGCAGGUGUGAAUGCAGAACUUUGUCAAAAUGAAAUGCAUGGACGACCGAAUGCAACCCAUGAAUUCCUCCAGCGGUUCAUAUUGACCAGACAGUGGUGGCGUUUCUCUCUAUUGCACAUAUCUAUCUGGACUGAAGUAUGUUUCUUAUCCGUCGCAUCUUCCAUUUGCUCAGGAGUCACUCUCCAAUGGCCAAGUCCGCAGACCCUUCUGCCGUUUCGGCACUGUACGUCCAUCGAUGGGUCGUUACGUGUCAUUUAUCUGACGGAUGCAUGUUGCAGAGAAGCAAACUGCUCGCUACCAAAUCUUGUUGAAAUUGUGGGCGCACUCGUUAUCGAGCACUCUACAUGUAAGGCGGACUUAUCCCGGUUUUUGCCACAACUAACUGUUAUUCGUGGAUGGUUUCCCAUGAGCCAACAGGUGCUGUCUUAUUGGGAAGAAUAUCCACUGGUGAUUAGAAAUACAGCAUUGGCUUCUAUCGGCCUUCAUCAGCUCCGUCAUCUGGGAAAACUACGAAUCGCAUUGUGGGACAAUCCAUCUUUGUGUUAUGUGAACUCAGUUCACUGGGCUUCGCUCACACUCCAUUCUUCAGAGGUGGAAUCGGACAAAUCUCCAAUCAAUUCGCCACAUUCGAUUUCGUGGUUAGGCUUGAAACCGUUCUGUCUUGACGUAUGCCCCAAUAAAUGCUAUGCUAAAGAAACGCAGCCGUCCGGAUGCUGGUCGGAUAACGUAUGCCAAAUAGAAUGUGGUCACGUGGUCAUCUACAAAAUGUCCGACUUGGAUCAGGUUCGUGGUUGUUCAUCGGUGACGUCGCUGGUAAUCAGUUUGGAGGAAUGCUACGGUUUCUUGGACCUAGACAGGGGUGGUCCAGAUGAAGACGUCGGGUUCGGAUCAACAAGCUUCCGGUCAUUAAAUUCGCGCUCUGACCACCGAGCAAUCUCCCCAAUUAAUCCUGUUAGUUUUCGGAUGCCGUUGUUCCAUAUUCCAGACACUUCCGAGGUUGAUCUCUACGCUGCCUUCGAGAACUUGCAAGAGAUUUUUGGCAGUCUACGCGUCCUUCGUUCUGAUUCCCUUUCUUCGCUCAACUUUCUUCGCCAUUUGCGUGCUAUUCGUGGAUUGCCCGUUGGUGAAACGACCAAGGAACCCAGAACAGCUGUGGAAAUCGUGUGGAAUCGCAGGCUUAAGCAUCUUUGGAACGUGACAGGAUCAUUAUCAUCAGCGAACCGCGUUGUGGUUCCGUUCGGAUCACUGAUGUUUUCACUCAAUCCAAACUUGUGCCCGGAAGCCAUUCGAGCUUUUGUGGACACAUACAUCCAAAUGGAUCGCCAUCUAACGGCGCUUGAACUUGAGCUAAUAUAUAGUUCCAAUGGAGAGACGGCAGUAUGUAUUGUUUCACCGAUUGUAUCGGACAAUCAUACAGGUGGUGGCCAAUUCUACUGUCAUUUGGAUGAACUUAAAGCGGCCAGUUUGUAUGAGGCAUUUAUUGAAAUUAGGACAAUACUCAACCGUGAAGGUGCUUCAAGUCCGUGGUUUCGUUUCAACACACUUCCAAACACUCCUUCCGUUCCUCUACUUCUGUCGGCUUAUCCUACUGGACCGUACACGGUUCGUUUGAGCUGGUCUCCACCUGUUGAUCCAAACGGAGUUAUUAUUGCUUAUCAGCUAUGGUACCGUGCAAUGCCGGUUGAAAUCAGUACAGAACUACAACGUCGAGCGCAAACUUGCACCAGUGUUUGUGGGGAACACCAUAACUCUUGCUUGACAGAAUGGGAUUUUUACUUAACUCUUCAGGGACCAACGCCUCUUGUUCCUUCUUCAUUAACAGACGUCAUAUCUCCCAACGGUCGGCUACUAAAACCGUUCGCGUAUCUCACUGCGUCUCUGCUAUACGAUGACUCACCUGCUCAGUUCAUCCGACUUCCCGCGUACCCCACUGAAGUGGUCGUCAAUGGGUUGAACCACUACACGGAAUACUUGUUUGGCGUCUCUGCUUGCCAUGAUCCGCAUGACGAACUUGGCCAUCCUCUUAUUAGCGUAAUACCUUUGCAAAUAGCUUCAAUGCUUCUCUACAUUUUGUCGCUUUUUCUGCGAAUCAAAUGUGGUGAGACAUCCUGUGUGAAAGAUCCACAAGUCUCCAGCCUGGAACUGACCAAAGCAAUAGCUGAGAAAGAUACUUUAGAUACGACAUUUAUUAACGUGACCGUCAGUGAUGCCUCCGUUGACGCAGAUCAAAAGACGGUCGACACGCAUUAUGAUUCUCGACCAACUCAAAAGUCGUACUCAUCGUCCAGUACGACACAUCCUGCACUGGCAUCCUUCCACGUUGAGUUUGAAUGGCUUAGUCCACCACAUCCGAAUGGUGUUGUACUUUUCUAUUGGCUACGUUACCGCCGAGUUACUGGAACUUUCACCGACCAAGAUUUGAGUGUCGUACCUUUCACUUACCUUCCAGAGCGCAUCUUCCUACCUUUAGCUCUCUGUCUGGUAGUGUUGUUGGUAACGGGAUCAGCUGCAGUUUGGGCCACCCAUCGUUCAUUGCGAAGACGACUUACGCGAAACACCAGCAUGCGUUCCGAAUUCCACGAACCUCUCCUAUCUGGUUUGCCACAUGAGUGGGAAUUAACCUCUAAGGACGUCUACUGGGACGCUGCACAUGCUUUGGGUGAGGGUUCCUUUGGGACCGUAUAUUCUGGCAUCCUUCAAACCUUCACUACCCCGGGUGCGAAACAAGUUCUUCAGAAGCUGAGAGUCAGUUCUGGUAUGAGACCAGUGAAGAGGUUGGCUGUCGCGAUUAAGCCACCAGCAAUGACAUUCAGAGGACGUCAGUGUUUGACCAUCGAUGUCUUCGGAGCAUUGCCCGAAUCUGGUGGGAACACCGGAUCAGCAAUUCUGAAUUCUUCCCCCUACGACAUUCGCGAGUUUAUGAAUGAGGCAGCUUUCAUGAAGAAUUUCUCCAACGAUCAUAUCGUUCAGAUGCUUGGGAUCUUGGUUCAUCAGUCAUCUCACGACAAACCACCUGCACUGGUAAUGGAGCUCAUGUCCUUGGGUGACCUUGCAACCUUUCUGCGCCAGCGUUUAUCGGACGAGGACUACGCUCAGGGUUCAGUCAAACCAAGUCUCGCAGUAAACUGGGCCACGCAGAUUGCCGGUGGAAUGGCUUAUUUAUCCAGUUUGCAGCUGAUACAUCGAGAUCUGGCAGCUCGCAAUUGUUUGGUGAAUGAUUCGCUGACCGUAAAAAUCGCCGAUGGGAAUCACUAUUAUCGCAAACGUGGUCGAGCUCGACUUCCGAUUCGUUGGAUGUCACCUGAGGCUUUGGCGUCCGCCUAUUUUACCAUACAAUCGGAUGUGUGGUCCUAUGGCGUUGUCAUUUGGGAGAUCGUAACAUUCGCCGCUUUACCGUUUUCUGGCCUUUCUCAUGAGGAAGUUAUCGUGCAUGUGACCGGUGGUGGUAGAUUAGAGGUUGCCCAGUGGCCUACCCGGCUACCAUCGGAUCUGUGA